UGUGUUCCGAAUGGUUGCUAUGGGCGCGCUAACAAGAUAUUGUACGAUUGCUGCUUUUCUCGGUAAUAUUAUGUCACAAUGCAUCGUCCAGCUAUCUUGUCUGUAUGUAAGGCAAAUUGAUUGAAAUGAUGCAGCAUGACAACCCAUGCGCAAAUGAGAGAGGGGUUUGGCACGGCUACUUUCGACGAAAGUCAUUACUACACAGAGUCGAGGAAAUUCGGUGGAGUAAUAAGUAAUCGCAUGUCCGUCUACAUCGAUAAAACGCCACACACUGCUGUAAUUAGAUUCACAAACAACAGUCUACUUGGCGAAAAACUUGAUGUUGAUAAACUUAACAGUAGAGAAAAUUCGGCUACCAGAAGUGAUACAGGCAACAACAUUAUAAAUAAGAUAGACUCUCAUCUUAGACUUCUUGCAGCUGAUUCGAACUUGCGUCCAACAUCAAGUGGUAUAAGUGAUAAAAUAGAUCUUGGAGCCACUCAGGCUUCCAGUCCUCAAAAUGACGGGGAGAGGGGCACAGAAGAUGUACAUCUGCAACAAAUUGAAUGCAAUAAUAUCAGCUCAAAGUCUUCCAGCAGAAAAGAAGUGAAAAAAAUCCCCAAAACACUGCAAAAAGUUUCAAAAAAGAGGAAAGCAGGAAAGAGAAAAAAGAGGGGAAAAUCUGGACGAGCUUCAAGAAAUAAAUCCAAACAAGGUAAAGAUGGCAGGGUCUCCAAGCAGUGCACUCCCAUGGCAACCAAGGUGAAGCCCAGGGUGAUACAAAAUGAUGUACAGGAUAUCGGCAGCGGUGUGGCAGGUAUGGGGGUCCUGGAAAGUAUGUGUAAACCAAUGGUUCUUCACAAGACUGCAGAGCGCAAACAUUCCGAAAAACGCGAGACAAAAUUGGUCAGUAUAGUGAAUCGCCAGACAACCCAAGUUAGCACAAAACAGAUAAUACUGCCGCAGAUGACAAACAAUUUCAUGGUUAAAUCUGAUGUCAAAGAAAGAACCUCAGGCCAAGACUCACUGCAGUCUUCCAAGUCUUUUGUGUACCCUCCUAGUCGAGUCAACCAUACUGAUAUUUCCAGGAUCACCAAGAUCUAUUUGUCAGAGAAACAGUCAGGAGUAGUGAGGGAUUGUGGGAUGGAUGUUCCCUGCGCACCUCCAGCCACUCCUUUGCCCGAUCCUUCCAAAAAGGUGGAAUAUAUUCCAUGUAUGAAUGAUAUAAGGUCACAGAGAGCAGUAAAGGUGAAACUACAGGUCUUGGAGAAGGAAGCUCAGAGAAAGUCAGCUAGACGACGAGAUGAUCAUGCCAAACAGGAAAAACUUCAACAGAAAGAGAGGGAAAAAGACCUUAGGGUCAAACAAAGAAUGGAGAUAUAUGCCCUGAACAAAAUAAUGACAGACCUAGAAAACAAGAGAUUCAGGGAGUUUUGUGAGAAGAAAGGAAUAAGUAUAACAUAGCAGUACUACAUGUAUAGAUUUGUUAUUCUGAGUAUAUGUCCUUAUAGUGCUGAUGCAUUCCUAGAAUGGCUGUCUCCCUCAAACCAGUCCAUCUCUAUGUCCAACAAGAACUCCCUGCGCUAGUCUCCUGAGCGUUUUGUGUCAUGGUCUUUGUCAAUUAAGGAGUUUAUUGGUGAUGCCCUUCCAAGAAAAGCUAUAUCAGUGCAAAAUGGAAGAAAACCAUGUGAUAUCAUACUAGCCUAGUCAAGUGGUGUGAGCAUUGGGGAAGAAGUUACCACACUAGAAGCAGUAGUGUGCCAUGAACAGAAUCAUAUCACCACCUUCCUCAGGCAAAGUUCAUGUUCUGUGUACCGGUAUUAAGAUAUUUUUUGUAUCUUGACAAAGUAUUGCUUUGUGAAUCUCAACAUGUUUUAGAUUGAUUACUAGAAUUGCUCAAGCUCUCCGUACAUGUAUCACUUUUUACCAGUAUUAGCUAACCUGAGCUGUUUUUCUGAUUCAGAUUUGUCCAGCAUCUGUCAUUGUCGUAGUUGACAUCAGGUUUAACUUUCUAAGGAACCAUUUGACCAAAUUCAUUCACUCUUGAUAGAAAGCAAUCAUGGCUUUUAAGUUUCUUAAAUUGAAUGACCUUGCCUUCAUCAAGGGAAGAUAAUUUUGAAUUAUAUUUUAAAGAUUUGGUGUCUUAAAAAAAAUUCCCUCUCUGAAAAUUUUAACCGCACUGGAAGUAAUACCGAUAAUUUUUUAUAGGAGAGCUAGCUCCUUCAUGUGAUGCUAUUUUUAAAGUAAAUUACUGUAAACCAACUUUUUGUUGCGAGAAAUUUUCUUGAGGUUUGCAAGACCCUGUUGUCCCGAAUAUUUCUUGACGCAAACCAGUCCUUGCUGGAUGGAAGUAAAUAACAACACAGGUGUGGUU